AUGGAUCCAGCACUGCUAAAAGAACGUGAGGCUUUUCUGAAGAGAGCCAAAGCAACACCUGCGGUAGAGAAAAGGAAAAUAAAGUCAUCUGACAACAAUGACAAGAAGGCUAAGAAGGCUAAAGUAAAACCUCCAUUGCAGAAAUCAACACACUCAGCAGAUUAUAAAGUGUCUGCAGGCAGCUCCCAAUACAAAUUCAGUGUUCUUGCCAAGAUUGUCAAAUUCAUGAAGACCAGACACCAGGCAGGAGCUAAUGAUCCUCUAGAGCUGGAAGAGAUUUUGCAUGAGACCAGCCAGUUAGACAUAACUAGCAAAAUGAAACACUGGCUAGCAACUCAGGCACUGAUCAAUAAUCCCAAGAUCACAGUUAUCAAGGAGGAUGGAGUCAACAAGUUUUGCUUCAAGCCCAUGUUUGACAUUCACGAUAAACGAGGUCUGGUGAAAUUGCUAAAGAACUAUGAUUUACAUGGUAAAGGAGGCAUCCUAAUGGAGGAUUUGGAGGAAAGCUUGCCGAACUUGCAGAAAAUAUUGAAGAAUGUUGCAGAUUAUGUGGUCACUGUACAAAGACCUCAGGACAAAAAGCUGGUGUUGUUCUAUAAUGACAGAUGUUGUAGAUUUAGUGUUGACGAGUAUUUCCAAAACAUGUGGAAAAGUGUAGCAGUGGAUGUCCUUGAUGAGCAUAAGAUAGAGGAAUAUCUGAACAAACAAGGCAUUACAUCAAUGGAAGCAUCUGGAUACAAGCGAAUUUCAUCCUUGCCAAAAAGAAAGAAAGGCAAACAGAAACCAAGGACAUUCAAGAAACACAAUGAUCACCUCGAUGGAGUCCUACAAGAUUACACUGAAAACCCUCCAGUCAAAUAA